CUCUCUCUCACAUACACACACACAUCAGUGUCUUCUCAUUUGUCUCUCUUUGUUACUGAGAAUAGUUUCCACUGGAGAAGAGGAAGUUGAGGGAGGUGUAUGACGUUGCAAUUUCUAGGGUUCUUGAGGGGGUUAAUUGGUUUAGAUGGGGACUAGGCUUCCAGUUCAUCAACACUACAAUUUGAGAUCGGCCAAUUCAUUUAUAGGCAGCUCUUUGCACGACCUGAACACCGUCGAUGGUCGAUCAUCAGAUCUCGAAGGCCUUGGCGGUGACGUGGACCGCGAUGCCGUCACCGAAGAUAGCUUGGACAACGACGAGGAGUCCAGUGCCGUCGUGAAUGACUGUAUGCAUGAAUCCUACAGGAACUCUUUACCACUUCAUGGCGUCGGGGUGGAGGAAGACCGUUCUAGCCUCGAGAAUAAUGGGCCUUCAAGGGGUUCCUACAAUAUUUUCACAGUUGAUGAUGUAUCACCAAUUGAAACAGCAAGGACAAGAUUUUUGGAUAUCAUUGUGGACCACUUUAUAAAGUCAUAUGUAAUUGAAGUGCCUGAUUCUGAGGCUGACUAUGCGGCUCAAUCUGCACAAGAUAAACUAAGCAAGAGGAAGUCAAGAGAGACCCGAUGUGAAGGCGAUGCACGAUUUGUUUUACCCUUGAUGUAUGUGGCAAAUAUGUAUGAAACUUUGGUCAGUGAAGUGAACAUAAGAUUCUCUUCUCUGAAUGGCAUGCGUGAAAAGACCAUUGGUGUUGCCCUUGAAGCUGCUGGAGGUUUGUACAGAAAGCUUGCCAAGAAAUUUCCUAGGAAAGGACCCUACAUAUUUAAAAGACGGGAACUGGCAACUUCUUUCGAAACGAGGUCGAGAUUUCCGGAACUAGUCAUACAAGAAGAGAAGCGUGUUCGUUUUGUUGUGGUGAAUGGUUUGGCCAUCAAUGAAAAACCAACUAGUAUGUGUAUUGAUGAUGCAGAGUGGUUCAAAAGAUUGACGGGUCGAAAUGAAGUAGCUAUUACUGAUCGUGACUACAAGUUUUAUGCUCCAAGACACAAGUGCAGGCGUGUUUCGUCGAAUUCUGUUUCCAACAUCCCUGGUUUGCCAACAUUCUCUAGCACAGAUAAUUCUUCUCCAAUGGCAACUGCUCAAGGCUACCUCUCACUCAGUGAGCUCAGGUUGUUGAUUGCUGGCAAAUAUGGCGGUGAGCCUUUGAAUGAUAAAGAUGUAGAUGGUGAACGGUGA